UCACACUUGUACGCGAACACAACAAGAUGGCGAGAGUCUCGUCUGCAAAUUGAACAUAGAAAAUCGCAAUAAAACGUGCAUUAUAAUUGAUUAAAUAUACAUUAAAGUGUCGGCGCGGCCGCAAUAAUAAGCUGAGCGUAUAUUGCUCGCUUUUUGUGUGUGCGGCAGCAACUCAUAACAAUUGCAAAAUUUGCUACGCUGUCUGGCCUUGUUGUUGCUGCUGCUGCUGCAGUAUUGUUGUUGUCUGUGCCUAACUCUCUGACUGUGUCCCAGCCCAGCCUCUGUCGAGUUGCCCAAAAAUGUUGAACAACUACGGCAACAUAAUGAUGGACUCACCCAGAUCUUCACCGCAUGGCGGUCGCUCCCCCGUGGUAGCUCGACAGGAUUCCUCAGGGACGCUAAAAACGACAAUAUCAUUGGGAAAGACUCCCACGAUAAUACACACGGGUCCAUUCUACUCAAUGAAGGAGCCACCGGCGAAAGCGGAGCUAACCGGCGACAAGGACCUCAUGACCGAAUAUGGACUGCAUCAUACGCUGACCAAAUUCAAAGAGAAAAAAUUUAAGGAAUCGCUAGCAUCCUUUUUACCGAAUAUACCCGGCAUCAAUGACCUCAUCACGCAUCCCGUGGAAAAUAGCACGCUGCGCAGCGUCAUCGAAAAGCCACCCAUUGGUGGUAAGGAGCUGCUGCCCCUGACUGCAGUGCAGUUGGCCGGCUUUCGUUUGCACCCAGGACCGCUGCCGGAACAGUACCGUACCACUUAUGCCACACCUGCGCGGAAACACAAAAACAAGCACAAAAAGCACAAACACAAAGACGGAAUAACCACUGGAGGACCCGAGUCAACGCUACUGGAUUCUGCUGGCUUGGAGACCUACGAGAAGAAGCACAAAAAACAAAAACGCCAUGAGGAUGAUAAGGAGCGCAAGAAACGCAAAAAGGAGAAGAAACGUAAAAAGAAAAAUCAAAGCCCUGAACCAGGCGGCGCUCUAAGCAUGGGAAUGCCUAGUGGGGGCGGCGGUGGUGCAGCUGCAGCUGGCAUGGGUGGACCCGUAAUGGGUGCCACGGCUGGCAUGUCCAAUCCCAUGACAAGCAGUGGCGUUGGCAUUGGCGUUGGCGUCGGAAUGAAUGCGGGCAUGGGUCCGAACAGUUUUUCCUCAUCGCUGCAAAUGCAACAACAGCUUUCGAUGCAACAUCAACAACAGCAACAGCAAAUGCCCAGUGGAGCGUUAUUGGGCUCUGUGUUGGGCAGCGGUGGAAACGGGGCCGGAGGCAACGCUGGUAACGCAGGUGGCGGCCCAGGUAGCUUAUUAAUGUCACAGUUUUAGGUGAAAUCCAUUAGUUAAUAGUCUUGGCUCAUUACCUCUCACACACACACACGUCUAUAGCCCAUACACAAAACAAACAAAAAAAAGGUGUCCACAAAUGCACACUCUAAAUGCAAUUUCUCGAUAAAGUUUCGUGUCUAGUUUAUAAUUUAUAAUUAUGAUUACUGUAAAAUAGUUUAUAUUGUAAUUAGCAAACUUUUUCGUUCGGUUUACAUUGCCUAGCUUAAUGAGAUUUAUUUAAUGCAAAUUAUGGUACAAAAUGCAAAAUUUUUCGCUCUAGAUUCCAGAACUACCCUUUCAUCCCAAAAAACAACUACUUUUACCAUUUUUAACUAGCUUGCAGUAACUUUGCAUCUCGAUCAUCCAAUUACUUUCGCUUACAAUUUGGUAUAGCUACAGUAUUUUACUUUAUUUGCAAUGGUUUGAUCUUCCAGCAAGUUUGUAAAAAAGGAGGAAGUAAGCUGAGAUUCAACAAAACAAAAACCUGUACUAUAAGUAAUUAAUUGUAUAUGUAAGCGCCAAAUACAAUAAUAA